CGGCAGCAGAAGCAGAAGGGAGAGCCGGAGCCGGAGCGGCAGCAACAGCAGCAGCAGCAGCAGCUGGGAAGGAAGCGAGAGCCGAGGACCGGAGCAGGGCGAUGGGGUCAAGGCCGGGGCUGGGGCUUUGACAGCGAGGAGCGGGCCAAGUGGUGCAGCGGUCGCGGAGCCAGCUGGAAGCUCCAGCUGGGGGAAGGAGCGAAGGUUGGGAGACGGAAGAGCGGCGAAGAAAUCCAGGCGGCGGCGGCUUCAGUUUCGCCCGUUUCCUCCCGCGGACCAUGUUCGCCAAAGGCAAAGGCUCGGCGGUGCCCUCGGAUGGGCAGGCUCGGGAAAAGUUAGCUUUGUACGUAUAUGAAUAUUUGCUGCAUGUAGGAGCACAGAAAUCAGCACAGACAUUUUUGUCAGAGAUCCGAUGGGAAAAAAAUAUCACACUAGGAGAACCUCCUGGGUUUUUACAUUCAUGGUGGUGUGUAUUUUGGGACCUUUACUGUGCAGCUCCUGAAAGGCGAGAUACUUGUGAACAUUCAAGUGAAGCAAAAGCCUUUCAUGAUUAUAGUGCAGCUGCAGCGCCAAGUCCGGUACUUGGAAACAUUCCUCCAAACGAUGGAAUGCCAGGGGGACCCAUUCCUCCAGGUUUCUUUCAGGGACCGCCUGGCUCUCAGCCCUCGCCACACGCACAGCCUCCACCUCACAACCCCAACAGCAUGAUGGGACCCCACAGUCAGCCUUUUAUGUCACCAAGAUACGCAGGAGGUCCUCGGCCCCCCAUCAGAAUGGGAAACCAGCCUCCAGGGGGUGUUCCUGGUACACAGCCCUUGCUGCCCAACUCAAUGGACCCCACACGACAACAAGGGCAUCCCAACAUGGGAGGACCAAUGCAAAGGAUGAAUCCUCCACGAGGAAUGGGACCCAUGGGCCCGGGUCCACAGACUGAUCCUUGGUUAUCAUUGCAGAACUAUGGCGGCGGAAUGAGACCUCCACCCAACUCUCUAGGGCCUGGCAUGCCUGGGAUUAACAUGGGUCCAGGAGCCGGUAGACCAUGGCCCAAUCCCAACAGCGCUAACUCAAUUCCAUACUCCUCUUCAUCACCUGGUACAUAUGUGGGGCCCCCUGGUGGCGGAGGUCCUCCUGGAACACCCAUCAUGCCUAGCCCUGCAGAUUCGACAAAUUCAAGUGACAACAUCUACACAAUGAUUAAUCCCGUACCGCCUGGAGGCAGUCGGUCGAAUUUCCCAAUGGGACCAGGAUCAGAUGGCCCAAUGGGAGGCAUGGGUGGGAUGGAGCCCCAUCACAUGAAUGGCUCAUUAGGGUCAGGAGACAUAGAUGGACUUCCAAAAAAUUCUCCAAACAACAUAAGUGGCAUUAGCAAUCCUCCAGGCACUCCACGAGAUGAUGGUGAACUGGGAGGCAACUUCCUCCAUUCCUUCCAAAAUGACAACUAUUCUCCCAGCAUGACGAUGAGUGUGUGAUUUCCCUCCUCCCUCACCUCCCACAUCCUCUUCUCCAGGAUAAAGAAAAAGUCGGCUGCCAUUUGGAGGAUCUCAAGAAAUUAUGCAAGAAGAGAAGCUAGGUGUGUUUGGCAGGGAGACAUACAGAGCUGGGGACCCACCCCUAAUUUUUAGUUUCAUGCAAUAAAAAGGCUGAACUUUUUAUUCCAUAAAACAAUGAAGGACAAAUCUUUAAAAUAUUUCAAGACAUGACAAGAUCCUUCUUCUGCAGAAGGAUUUAUUCUAUGUACAUGACACUUUUUUUUGUUGUUGAUUUUUUUGUGGGGGGGGAACAAACGAAAAGCCUCUAGAACCCAAACCCAACCUCCUUUGCUCGAAUAUUCUUUUAAACCUGUUGUAUGUUUGUGCUGUGCUACGCAAGGAAGCUAGUCUAGAUAUGAAAACUCAUGUUGUCUCUGUAGCCAUUAAAAUUAAUAAAACUGGACAGUUUUUUUUUUAAAUAAAUUGGUGGGUUUUGUUCAGAAGGACUUUCCCUGUCCCUCCACCUUUCCUUUUGUUUGGUUGGUCUUUCUGUUUGGUGUUUUACAGCACAAUACUUUCUUCGGCCCGAAGAUCCAAGUGGAAAAUACUUUCUCUGCCUCAUUCUAAGUUGUAAUGCAGCUGGUCCCCUUGUAGGAUCACAUCCCCCCUCCCAAAUUUUAAUUGUGAUCUUGAUAUCUGUGACUGUGGCAUGCACUGUUUUAGCUCCCUCCCCUGUCCUCCUUCCUCAAAUUACAAAGAAAUGUUAUUUAAUGGCCUUUUUGCAAAAUUUUUAAAAUGUCAAAAUUCCUGGGGUGGGGUGUGGAAGGUUAGGGUUCUUUUUUUAAUUAAAAAAAAGUUUGGGAGGUGUCAAUCCAUGAUAAAUUUUUAAAAGGCGUUAAAAACUUGACCUGGACUCGAAAACUGUGAGCGCAAACCUUCUUAACAUUUUUUUGUUUUUGUUUGGGGUUUUUAAUGAAACAAUGUGAUCUUAUUAGGGUUUCACUGUAUAUGCUCUGGAACUGGAUGGAGAUAUUUUUAAGUAAUUAUUGUUGUUAAAAUGUAUACUUGCUAUUCUGUAGGCUCUCUCUCCCUCCCUCCCUCCUACUCUGUAAUUAAAAACAAAAUUCAAAAAAAAAUUAAACCUUACCUUCUUAGGGUAGAGGUGACUACAGAAAAGCAUACCAUGUAUAGUGAAACUCGCAAGUCUUGGGAUCUCCUGUACAUUACACUCCCUUGUAGCUGGUCUUUGUUUUAUAUAAAAGAAAAAAAAUUCACUUCUGAUCUAUGUAUUUCAUAUUAUGUAAAAUAUUAUCUUCCCCUGGAUUUACCUACCUUUGUGCGGAUUCUUGAGAACAUUGUAUCUUGUUUCAGUGUUUUUUCUUACCUUGUAGUCUGGUUCUAAAAUUAAGCGAGGGAAAAGAAAAGUAAUUAUUAUACAUUGUAGUUUGUGUACGAUAUUUGUUGAUAAUGUUUUAUUAAAGGGAUGUCUUUUUUCCGCACCCCUUAAUGAAAUGUUUUUCGUUUCGUUUUGUUUUGUUUUGGGCUUUUGGGGAAAUAUUGGCUUGUUUUUAUUCUGACUGAAAACAAGGAAAAAAAGCAACCACAAAUUGUGUGAUUUGAGAAGCUUUUUUUUUUGGUAGUACAAUUAAUUAUUAAAAAUGUUUUCCUUUUUUAAGCCAUUUUAACUGUAUUUCCUCUGUAGAAAGAUGAUGGCAGGGUGGGCAAAUGGUCAGUCUCACAGUUAGAACCCUAUUUAAAGAAUAUAAUAAUACUAUGUCCCCAGACCAAACCAAGAUUUGCCCCAUGAUCAAUGCAGCACCCUGUUUUUGUUUGGUUUGGUUUUUUUAAAAAAAGAGAUAACUGGGAGGUUUUGUUGUAUUAAAGUGAUAGCUAAAUUAUUGUCUUCAUUGGUUCCGGAUGGUUUUUAAAGGGAUGCAUCCAGACCCUCUCCUCUUUCUCUCCCCCCCCCAUGCUGUAAUAAAUACAAACAUUUUAUUUCAGUCCCUUGCUGUUCAUUACUGAUAAUUUGCUGUAACAUACAUCUUCUGCCUUUUUGGACAGUGUGAUUCAGGAAACAUUGACAUGGCUUCCCUGUGGUCAUUUUAUUCUGAAGAUGCAGCUUACCACCUAUCAUAAAGGUCAUAGGUGUAGUGGAUUUUAGUGCCCCUUUUGCAUUACUUUUUAAGACAUCCUCAAAUCCAGGCAUGUUGCCUCUGUAGAACAGAAGUAACAUAAGACCUGUAUAAUGUCCAGUAAAAGGAGAACAUCUGCCCAUCUUAAGACAAGAUUGUAGCUUUGGUUUGAAGAGGACUAUACGGUUACAGUUCUUUUAAAAGAGAAGGGGUGGCCCAAACAUUAAAGGGACUGAAGAAGCAGCUGUCUGAGGAAAGAUUUGAAGGUGUUAAACUUAGGGGG